CUUUUUUUUUUUUUUAUGUAUUCUAUCUCUCUUUUAAUGCUUUUAUAAACAAAGCAAACCAAAAUAUAAAAAAAUAAAAAAUGGGAAUUAAUCAAUCUCGACAUAAAUCAAAACCAAUUGCACGUAAAGAAAGUGUUCAUAGUGAUCAAUCGGUACAGCAUUCGACCAGUUCAGUCAAUAUCGAAGGUCGUUACUAUCUUGUAUCAGAUACAGGUUCCUAUUGUUUACCGAGUGAUGAGGUUGAACAAGAUCGACUUAAUUCUCAACACUUUUCGUUAAAAGCACUCUUGGGAGGCAAUGUUUUACCUUCGAUUGAAACCAUGACACCGAGAAAAGCUAGUGUUUUGGAUGUAGGGUGUGGGUCUGGAUGCUGGGUCAUGGAAAUGGCCAUUGACCACCCAGAAUAUCAAAUUACAGGCAUUGAUAUUGCCGAUAUGUUUCCAACAACUAUUCGACCGGAAAACGUGACAUUUCUAUUGCACAAUGUGGUGAAAGGUGGUUUACCUUAUCCUGAUAAUUCUUUUGAUUUCGUUCAUCUCAGGUUAAUGAUUGUUGCUUUUCGUUCGGGAGAAUGGUCCACCAUUCUCACCGAAAUAUUUCGUGUGCUUAAACCUGGCGGACUUUUGAGUGUUGUGGAAACCGAUUUUACUGAAAAGACUACGGACCCAGUUGUGGAAUUAUUUAACAGUGAAUUGAUCAAAGCGAUGCAAGCCAACGAACAGGACCCUUUUAUCGGUGCUAAACUAAAUACGCUUUUACAGGAGCUUCAAUAUGACAUUAUCGAAGUAAAAGAACUGUUUCUAAGUUACGAAUUACCUUUGAACCCGAUUGCCAAAGAAAUGCUAAUUAAUUGGAAAAGUGCGAUUCUAUCAUUAAAGCCAAUGCUCGCGCAUCGAGUGACGACAGAUCCUGCGCAAUACAGUAGUGCUGUUGAUCGAUAUAUGAAUGGCAUCACUAACGUAGGAUGGCGAGUGAAAGUGUGGGCCUACUGUGCACAAAAGCCCUUGUGAACCAAACAUAAAAUAAAAUAGUAUAAUGUAAUAAUAAAAAAAAAAAAAAAAAAAAAAAAAAAAAU